GCCGGUCAAACAAACAGAGUGCGAAAUGGCCUUCACUCAAGUAUAUAAAAUCAGCAACAAAUGAUACAGAUAGAUCAAUAAGGGACAUCAAAGACACACCUCACCACUGCUUGAUACUUCUAGAAGCUCAAAAAAGUUCGACAUGGCUGCUCAGAAGCCUGUUUUGAUAGCUGGAGCAGGCUUGGCGUCCCUACUCUUCGCCCGCUCGCUUCUUCGUUCCCGGAUCCCCUUCAUUAUCUUCGAGCGUGACCAAUCCAUUGCGUUUCGCGCGCAAGGCUACCGCCUCCGUCUUUCGACCGAGGGUCUCGAUGCCAUAGAAGAGGUCCUGGGCCCCGAGCCCAACGGCUUCCCGAAGUUCUGGGAUCGCUGCGGUAAGACGGGCGGCUCGAAGGGGUUUGCUGGUCUGAAUGCCGUAACCGGAGAGGAAUUGGAAGAAAGCACCGGGCCAUCUCCGCCGGCGCCGGAGCCUGCGAAAGAUGCACCGAAAGCGACACCAACGCAGCCUGGGAAGGAGAUGUUGUUCAGCAGGGAAGGCAAGACGAUAGGCAUUUCGAGAGGGGAUAUGCGGGCGCUCUUUCUCGAGGGCUGCGAAGAUCAUGUCAGGUGGGGCCAUCAUGUUACAGGGUAUGAGUCGAGUCCGAACGGUGUCUGGGCGAUCUUCAGAGACGGCAGUAAAUCUGAAGAAGGAGAUCUGCUCGUUGGCGGGGAAGGCAUCUACUCGAAAGUGGCGAAACAAGUCUCGAACGGCAAGCUGAAGACAUACGACACCGGCGCACGCGGCAUCCACGGCCAAGCACCGACGACAGCGUUCAAAGCAUUAGGAGAAGGUGUAUGGCGGAUCCUGGACGAUACCCGCUCCGACGGAAAAGUUUUUGCCAUCACAAACGUCCGGCCAGACGACAUGGACGAUCCGGACAUCCAGUUUGGCUGGACCAUGGGUGGCCAACCGGGGGUGAUUGCACCUCCGAACAACGACUUCUCAAUCAUCGGCAAGGAAGCUGCGGACAUUGCGAAAUCCUUGACUGCAAACUGGCAUCCGCGCAUCAAGCCGCUCUUUGAUCAGAUGGAUGAGAAGAACGCUGCGUUCUGGAAGAUUACCUGUUCGACUCCCUCAGGGGUGCCUGAAUGGCCUAACGAUCCACGCGUGACUGUCAUCGGAGACGCGGUCCACUCCAUGACUCCUGCGGGGGGCAUUGGGGCAAAUACAGCUGUCCGCGAUUCUGCUCUACUUGGAAGGCUUUUGGCUGAGGCUGGUGGCUGGAAAGAAGGCAUCACGGCUGCGUAUGAGAAGGAAAUGAGAGUCUAUGGCAGUGAAGCAGUGGCUCAUAGUUACGGCAUGGCGAAAGGUCAGUUUGGAGUAACUAUAGACGAAGACACCUCGCCUACUGUCGGAUAAGCAUUUUUACCAGAAAUAUAUCAUAGACGUUCGAAAGCAUAAUCAUAUGGGUUUUCGGAGUUAUGCACAUGGCCAAUUCUACUUGAAACUCUCUAACAAUGGAGCUGCACACAACGGUCUAUACUCGCACUCGUCAAUCUGGUGAGCACACCCGAGAUUGUGAUACAUAUAGGCGAAACAUGUUUCCUGUAGCUCUUCCACUAGCAAUUGAGUGACCGA